AUGAAAGAACAGAGAGUGGCUCUCACCAAGGGUGGCGAGAAGGGUCGCCCCGCCAGCUGUGAGGUGGAGACCCGGGAAUACGCCAUCAACACCCACAAGCUCACCCACGAAGUGGAUUUCAGGAAGUACGCGCCUCGGGUGCUCAGGGGGAACCGGAAGUUUGCCAUGAAGGAGAUGGGCACUCCUGGUGUGUGCAUUGGCACCAGGCGCAACAAAGCUGCAGGGCCAAAGGAAUAAGGAAAAAGGAAUGUCCCAGACUGAGUCCGUGUACGUUUGUCCAGAAAGUGGAAUGAAGAUGAAGAUUCACCAAACGUUAUACAUGGAUUUACUUAUGCGCCCGUCGUCACUUUCAAAAAUCUACAGAAAGUCAAUGUGGAUGAGAACUAA